AUGGAAGAAGCCUUGAUUAGCGAGUGCAUAAUCAUUAGCGUCGAAGGAGUAAGUAAAACCAUAUGGAUCCCUCGCCCUUUGCUUUUUUCGCUGCUUGUGAUCGUCUUCAGUUAGGUUGUUGGUUAAUCUGGUACCCAUAUCUCACUCUCUUUUGCCGCGGGAGAUCUGGGAACGAGAUUAGUGGUUGGCUUUACCAUACAAAGCACGUCAUGUUACAUUAGGUAACUCUUUCAGUUCUUGGUCAAUACCAAACAUUAUAAUCUAUUUGGGUAUACGAGGCACCAAACGCUGUUGUUUUUCUACCCCUUUUAGACUGAGAUUGGGCGUAGUGGGUGUGUAGAAUCAAUGCUGUUACAUAUAACCUGGCAUGAGGGACGAAGCAGUUCCCAGGUCCGG